AUGGCGAUAACUUCCAUAACGAGCUGGUUCACACCCACUGUUCUCUUCUGUGUUCUUAACCUCAUGAUAGCCAUCAUCUUCAUAGCUUCAAACUUCAAAUCUCCCCAUCAUCCUCCCCAAAAUUUACAGGGUGAACUCGUUCGAUCACCUUCUUUACUGGAACGAGUCAAAUCAGUAAACUUUUCAUCUUUCUAUGCCACCACUCCAGAAUCACACGAUAUCACCGGCUACAACUCAAUGGGUCAACUCAGCCGACCACCGUCUUUCUUGCAACGAGUUAAAUCCAUCGAUCUCUCUUUCUCUUCUUUCUACGCACCUCCCAUAGGCCUCCAGUCACACGACUUACACGAUUCGGAACAAACUCAUUACGACCUACCUAGUCAACUCACUCGAGUUCCAUCUCUACUGGAGCGAGUCAAAUCUUUCAAACUCCCCUCCCCUUUUAACUCCGACCAUCAUUCCGGCGUCGGCGACAUAUCUUUUACCAAAGAUGAACUUUCCGACAUGGACCGGGACCCACAUCAUGAACCAAUUCAAGACGAUAACGUCACAAACGACGAGCCGGAAACUGUCGACGUCACUCCGGCAAAGAAGCCGCGAAACAGUAUAACGAAAUCCCGUAGCGAGAAGAGGAUGCCGGAAUCCGACGACGACGAAGACAAAGACAAAGACAAAGACGACGUUGAUCGGCGGCGGCCGGCGACGAUGAAGGCCGCGAUUGGUGGGAAAGAUGAAUGUGUAGAUGCAAAAGCCGAUGAUUUCAUCAAAAGAUUUAAGCAGCAACUGAAAUUACAAAGGCUUGAGUCGCUUCAAAGAUUCAGAGAAAUGUUGAACAGAGGAACUUCCGCCUGA